AUGGAUAAUACGGGUCAUUUGGAAUCAUUGCAACAGUCAUCUGGAUGGAAGAGAAAACGACGGGAAAAUCAGGAAUGGGAAGGUGAAGAUUUUGGACCGGUUACGUGGCAAGAAUUAUCCAAUAUGCGUCGGAAUUCGGUUAUCUUAUUCAAUAGUGAACUUUAUCCGAAUAAAAUAUCGGAGUGGUCAUUGCGAGCAGAACCUGGACGAGAUAAUAAAUACUACAUCUGUGUUUUGUGCAGAAGACUUCAAGAUCAUGGUAAACGUUUGAUACCGCCGGUAAAAUUUGGUCCACCGGCUCGUAUUUUGGUUCGUAAUGGGCGUUUUCUUACACACCCAGAUUAUCCUCGUACACCGCAUAUAUGCGGGUUCGGUGAUAAUCCAAUGUCUGAUCGUGCAGCUGUCCUUGCACGACGUGCAAUGAUUCGUGCACGAACGGAAAUUAGCGAAGAUGGUAUGACACCACGGGAAAAAAUCGACCAAGUUUUAAUCAGUUUUAGAGAAAAUGGAAAAUAUUCAAAUUUAAGUGCUGAAGAAAUAGAACAAAUGGAGGACAUGAUAUUGGGACGUAUACAUGGACGUAUGUGGUCAGAAUCGAGCUCUAUACGAUCACUAUACAUUAAUCGCCGUAAGCUAACAAAUGCUAAUCAUAAAAAUAAACCGCGUAAAGUUUACGAAUGUCCAGUGGUGGAUUGUGAUUUUUUGACAUUUGCAUCCGGUAUGAUCGAUAUUCACAUAAACGAAAAGCAUCGCGUUGUGAAUGAUUCCAGUGCAGUUGAUUCAGCAACCUUUGAAGCAGAAUACUUGGUUUCCGCAGAAAGAAACGAUGAAGUGAACAUGUUAUCGGGCGAAUCUAUCGGAACACAAAAUGCUUCGGUUUACUCAACUGCACAGAUAGAUCUAGAGCCAAAUCCAUUUUGCGAUCCUGAAGGAGAUUACGGUCCGGUUAUAUACGAAGCUCUUUCUUGUCAGCGGCGUAAAUCUAUCAUCUUAUUCGAAAGUAGACGUUUUCCGAAUAAAAUUUCUGAAUGGGCCUUGAAGAUGCCAACAAAUGAUAUGACAAUGUAUUACACAUGCGUACUUUGUCGAAAGCUUAAAGAUAAAGGUAAACGACAAGAACCACCCAUUCAGUAUCCUCCUCCUGCUCGAAUUGUAGUACGUAAUGGACGCUUCAUGAUACAUCCAGAUUAUCCGAAAACACCACAUAUUUGCGAUUUUGCGAAUAAUCCGUUAUCGGAUCGGCAAUCCGUUUUGUCGAGACGAGUACUGGCCAAAAGACCUGUGAAUGGAUCGAUUUCUAAUGUCUCAGUUCGGAAAACUUUUAAUUAUGCUACUAAUCAAGAUAUGAACUAUCGAUAUAUUACAAUCGCUCCGUUGGAACGUUCUUCGGACGUUUAUGUAGUCGAAGAACCAGGAACUUGGCCACGAGACCCAGAAAUAUCAUUAUCGGAUGAUAGCGAUAGCGAGUAUGAAGCGCUUUUAAGGCUUGAUGUUAACCAAAAUAUCAAUGAUGUUGCCUCUGUUGCUGUUGCUGUUAAUUCUGACAUGCCAAGCACUUCUGACGCUGAUUUUACGGCAAGACGAGAAAAACUUUCUCAAAUAUAUAGUUGCUCAAUUGUGGGAUGCAAUUUCACGGCGUCAACAUUGACUGAUCUUGACGUUCAUUUAGGGGAACAUGAGUUACUUGAUGAAGAACAGAUCGUACAAUAUGAAAAUUUUGGACAGGCGGAAAGUCCAUAUCCAAAUAGUGAAGCUGUAGAAAUUAUUGACGAACUCAACCUUGCUCAACCGUUCAGGAAGCGGCAGAAGAUAAUAAGUUCGGAUGAUCAUAUUUUGUUAGCAGCAAGAGAUAACGAAGUUGGAUGCAAGGAGGAUUGUUUCGAAAAAUCAGACUUACCAACCGAUAUGCCGUCGGAUGAAGGAGUUCAACGAAAUCCGGAGAAUUUACGGACCUCUAUUCGAAGGCAUUUACAGAAUAUUGAGCGCUCACUGGAAAAUAUUGGAAUGAUGCAACUUUUGGAAGUCGAUGGAUAUUUGCUACGAAUACAGCAGCAGUUACGCGAUCAGUCAUCCAACAUGCGGUAUUUCCAUGGUGCUGGAGAAUUAUUACAGGGCACAGAACCUCCACAGAAUGUUAGUUCAUUUUUCUGGUAUAGUAUUCAGUCUUAG